AUGCGCACUCAUCUCAAUUCAGGCCACGACACAGAGACAGCCUCACAAAUGAUGACGGUCAUUGAGUCAUCUGGCGGAAUUUCUGGUGUCCGGGUGACGGUGAGCGGGCCACAACAUGCUGCAAAGUCCACUCUAGUAAAAUGGGAGGGAGUUAGUUUCAUUAACAACAUUGCAUACACCAAGGAAGGUUUGCAUGUUUGGAGAGCUUAUGGAAUUGGCUCUGGCAAAUUUGUACCCUGGAGCAACUUCAAGUUGGGAGUCUUCCUCCGCUAAGAAACAGAAACAGAGUUCUAGUGCUGAAGUAUCUUUCCAAACUGCCAAAGCCAGGAGCAAACCAAAGCAAAAACCGGUUUUAGAAGAGGUUCCACAGAACAGAAAUAACAGCGACGACGAUGAGAGCUGUAACGACGAAGGAAGCGAUCUGUUUUUCUAUCCACAAGAGGGAUGUGUCAAGUCCUUUGUACAAUACUCAUCGCUACAAAAACAUCUGGACUGUGGUUAA